GGAGCUGCGCGGAGCCAGGGGUUCGGAGGAGCCAGGCGUGUAUUUUCAGCUGCGCCUCAGCCCCAAAAUGUGACUGUAAUUGACUAGCUGGGGGAGGCCCCCAGGCUCUGGAUGGAAAGCGUAGGAUACGCUCAAAGCCACCGCUUUCCAUGGGAAUUGAAGGGCCAGCUGGUGGCAAUGACAGUGACCUGGAGCGAGGGGGUCAGCAGACAGCCGUAGAGAGCAAGCGGCUCCUUCCAAGGGGGUGACUUGGGAGCCGGGGGCAGGCUCCUGCCACUCCGUGGUGCAGCCCUCGCAGAGAACGCCAGUGAGGUCCUGCACCCAGGGCAGCAAGGGGCCGCCUGACCCCUGACCGCUGACCCCUGCUUAGGAGCUUGGGGGACAUCAGAGCCCCCCGUGCUCUCCCCGGAAGAUGAGGACUCUGAACACCUCCACCGCCUCCACCAUGGACAGGGCCGGGCUGGUGGUGCAGAGGGACUUCUCCUUCCGCGUCCUCACCGCCUGCUUCCUGUCGCUGCUCAUCCUGUCCACCCUCCUGGGGAACACGCUGGUCUGUGCCGCCGUCAUCAGGUUCCGGCACCUGCGGUCCAAGGUGACCAACUUCUUCGUCAUCUCCCUGGCCGUAUCGGACCUCCUGGUGGCCGUCCUGGUCAUGCCCUGGAAAGCGGUGGCCGAGAUCGCCGGCUUCUGGCCCUUUGGGUCCUUCUGUAACAUCUGGGUGGCCUUUGACAUCAUGUGCUCCACGGCGUCCAUCCUCAACCUCUGCGUGAUCAGCGUGGACAGGUACUGGGCCAUCUCCAGCCCCUUCCGCUACGAGAGGAAGAUGACCCCCAAGGCGGCCUUCAUUCUGAUCAGCGUGGCGUGGACCUUGUCUGUGCUCAUCUCCUUCAUCCCCGUGCAGCUCAGCUGGCACAAGGCGAAGCCCACCGGUCUCUCCGAGGGCAACGCCACGUCCCCGGGUGAGACCAUAGACAACUGUGACUCCAGCCUGAGCAGGACCUAUGCCAUUUCCUCCUCCCUGAUAAGCUUCUACAUCCCUGUGGCCAUCAUGAUUGUCACCUACACCAGGAUCUACAGGAUCGCCCAGAAGCAAAUCCGGCGCAUCUCGGCCUUGGAGAGGGCGGCGGUCCACGCCAAGAACUGCCAGACCACGACGGGCAACGGGAAGCCCGUGGAGUGUGCGCAGCCCGAGAGCUCCUUCAAGAUGUCCUUCAAGAGGGAGACAAAGGUUCUGAAGACGCUGUCGGUGAUUAUGGGGGUGUUUGUGUGCUGCUGGCUGCCCUUCUUCAUCCUGAACUGCAUGGCGCCCUUCUGCGGGACCGGGGAGACCCAGCCCUUCUGCAUCGACGCCAUCACCUUCGACGUGUUCGUGUGGUUUGGGUGGGCUAAUUCCUCCUUGAACCCCAUCAUUUACGCCUUUAAUGCCGAUUUCCGGAAGGCAUUUUCGACCCUCCUGGGAUGCUACAGACUCUGCCCUGCGACCAAUAAUGCCAUAGAGACGGUGAGCAUCAACAACAACGGGGGCGCGGUCUUCUCCAGCCAUCACGAGCCGCGAGGCUCCAUCUCCAAGGACUGCCACCUGGUGUACCUGAUCCCACAUGCCGUGGGCUCCUCCGAGGACCCGAAGAAGGAGGAGGCAGGCGGAACAGCCAAGCCCCCGGAGCGGCUGUCCCCGGCCCUGUCUGUCAUCUUGGACUAUGACACGGAUGUCUCCCUAGGAAAGAUCCAGCCCAUCACACAAAAUGGACAGCACCCAACCUGAACUCCGAGGGGACUCCUGCCAGCCAUGCUCACCCCCAAAGCGAGAGGGGGUCUCUGGGGCUUGCUGUGAAUAGCGAAGGGGUGGUGAGACUCGGGGUGUCAGGCGAGCCUUCCUCUGCUGCUUUUCUUCCAACACAACUAACUCUAUUUAAACAUACAUCCCGGUGUGUUUUCUGUGUUCUUCCCGGUGAAUCAAAGAGCCACACAUGUUGAGGCGAGGGCUCACAAGGGACGUGUCUUUGGCUCCAAACUUAUUUUUAGAAACGGAUUCUUUAUCUUAGGACUCAAAAAUAAGGCAAAGAAUCCACGGACACACGAAUGAGUUAUCUGAGACCUUCCAGUCACAUUUUUGUCCCCUUAACUAGCACUUUAUAAGCCAAGGGAACAAGCACGCGGACUCUCUGAGAUCCUCAGUGCCCGUGUGUCACUCCCAGCAGCACAGCCAAGACCGAUAGGAGGGAGCCUGUGCUGAUUCCGUAAAACCCACGGGCAUAGUAAAGACGAGGUGAGAGCUGACAGAUGCUGGGAACGUUUGUCCCCCUAGACAUUGUGAGAAACUUCAGAAAGCGUAGCUACCACUGUUUUCAGAACCUUUUAAGCGACCGAGACCUGCAGUUCUGUAAAUACCUUUUCAAAAGCCAGCGUAAGAAGCCAGCUCGAACUGUGUCAUCUUAGUGGUAGUACAGAGCACAUGCCACUUUCUACUUCUGUAAAAUAACCGGCCCUCUCAUGUCUUCUCUCAGCCCACGUGUCAGAGAGCUUUUCUGAGCCAGACAGGGGCUGUCCUGGCUCCGUGUGCCGUGCGGACGGCGGGUCUCCUCGCUCCCGCGCCCGGCAGCCGCCCCCGUGGACAGAGGGCGCGUCCCGCCCCUCCUCUCACCAGGACAGACCACGGCUGCUUCUGUAGUGCUUUCAUCUGCAUUUAGAAUCGCUUUUUUAAAAGUCUAAAUGUUAAUGGUAUCCUAACAACUAGUGCCUCAUGAUCACUCUCCGGUAAGACACUUCUUUUGGAAAAAAACAGGAGACCCUGCUCUCUGGGCGUGUCAAGCAUCCCAGAGCCGCCAGUAUCUCUUUUGACAAACGCGAGCCCUCCCUCCGCGCUCUGGGUCACGCUCCUCUGUCACCAGCAGGACUGUAAGACACCUCCUGGUCACCCUCGCGAGAUGCUGAUCCACGCGGGGCAUGUUGAGGGAAUUUCUGUGCAGCGUUGACAGCGUUUCCUGGCGGGUAAGCCGUGGACUUGCCGUGCAGAUGAAGCGGGGAGCGGGGAGCACGCUGCUGGCCGUGACCUCCCGCGGCAGGUCCGUGUGGCGUGUGCAUUGUGGAUGUUUCCUACCUGGACUGCUGUAUGCUUUCUUACAUCUAAUAAAACUAUUUUGUGAACUCACAUCA